AUGGGAUAUAAGAUAUAUUCUAACUCUGACUUAGUUCAAACAGUAACAUGGGCAAACUAUGAAUGGUUCGCUUUGAGAAACUCAGUACAACCACAAGCUAGAGAACAAACAGACCAGUAUGCAACUAUUGAGAAAAUAAGAAGACUUGACCCUAACGUUCCAGGAGUUUAUGUUAACCUUUCUGGUUCAGAUGGAACUGCUGCCACUAAAGUAAAACUGAAACUUAGAGUUCCUUUGUCAUCUUUCCUCAUCUUCAGGUUUUUAAGAUACUUGCCAAACUGGGCAGGAAAAAUUUCUAUCGAACUUACUCCAAGCAAAAAUAACUUAGUCAUUGCACCAACACAAGACCCAUUCACUAUUACAGACGUAAAGGGAACAAAUCAAACGUCAUUCGUCGAAUUUUGCAAAGACAAAGUUGACUUAGACUUUGGUUUCUCAAACUUCAACAAUGAAGUAAACUAUUAUUUCAAUGCUGCUGGAACUGCUUGGGACCCAGUUAAGUUCACAUGCGAAAAAUUUGAAUGCAAGAGAAUAGAAAGCAGACUUGCAGUCUAUAUGUUGGACCCAGAUAUUUCAAAUGCUUUAGCUGCCAAAUAUAUUGCAGUUCCACUUAUGUUCCCUAUACACCAAAUAUCUGUCAAAGACUUUGCAGGUGAAGUUGGAAACCAAAAUCCAGGAGCCGCAGGUGCAAGAACAGAUAUUGCUUUAACAACUGCAAUGAAACAUGCAGAUACUAUGUUUGUACUGUUCAGACGAACUAUAAAUGACUAUUCUUGUUUCUACAACCCUGGUAUUAAAUAUCAUAUAAACAUAGAUGGCAAAUAUUAUCCAAGAGAAGAAUAUUCUACAGUUGAGGAUAUGAGGUCAUACAACUUGACAUUAGAUGCUAUGAACUUUAACAACAACUUCACAACAACUAUUAACCCUGAAAUGCAAAGUUCUAUUAUGCCAUAUGUGAAAGUAUGGACUCAUACA